AAAGUCUAUUAUCAACUCAUUUAAUGCUCAAAAUAACUUAAUUUGUUGUUAUAAUAGCAAAGACCUGUCACAUGUCUCUGAUGUUAGACUAGGAUACAAGACGGAGCGGCGUGGAGAGACUUUCUAGUUUUGUGGUGGUACCUACCUACUCGCCUCAAUCCACCCCAGAGUUUCGGCCAAACACCCGACCGAUUUCCGUGACAUGACAGCAGAGCGUUGGUGCUAGCCUGGCUAUGCUGAAACAUCGACAUUACAGAUUGCGGAAGGAUUGAGAGACUAAUUGACAUCGUUACAGUCCGAAUAAUACGGUCUGCAAGAUCAAUUCAAGAGAGAAAAUGGAAGAAAAUCCACAAGCAAUACCUCUUCCACCAUCACCUACAUCACCAAGGCAACCAGGAACAGAAGAACCUCUCUCUCACGUGGACGCCAUGGCGAUCGUCAGGAAGGAACUCGGUGAGAUCCUUGACGAUCCCCUCCUCGAAGAUCUUCCUCCGGAUGUUUGUGCGGAAGAGGUCAACCUCCAGAUCGCGCUGGAAUAUGGCCAGGCUAUGACGGUGAUUGUCAGAAGAGCUGAAGGCGAUGUCAUGCCUGUCGUUGUGAUGCAGACGGCAACCGUUCAGGAUCUGAAGAGCGCAAUCAAGAGGUACUUUGAGCUCAAGCAGGAUCGAGAGGAAAUCAAAAAGAAAAUUAGCUGGCGAUACGUCUGGAGGAGUUACUAUCUUUGUUUUGAGGGUGAGAAGCUGACUGAUGAUUACAAGAAAAUAAGAGACUUUGGAAUCAGGAAUCGUGCCGAGGUGACCUUUGCCAAGAGACUGCAUUCCAAAGGCGGAGGCUACUGAUGAUGAUGAUGAAAUGACCAAUCACGUCAAGGUAAAGGGUUGCUAUGGCAGCUGGAUACGAGAUGCCUAUACCUGGGAUUUGUCUUCUUGAGAUGAAAAAAGAAGAGCAACCAUGGCUCAAGGAGUUGUUUCUGUGAAGGAGUGGCACUGGUUCGAGUGUCGACCUCCUGCCUGUAUGAGCUGAUGCUCUGGAACAGCGAUGUGUGAGCACCUAGAGGGCGCUAUUGCUUCAGUGUCUUCACGAGCAUGCAGGAAGUCGGAGGAAUGUCUCGGAUGAAAGACGAUGUUCAUAGUAUCAGUGUAGACUAUGAUUUGUUUCUUGUUCCAGACUGCUGUGACACCUCUCUACUGAUGAUGUGACAUAGGGUGUGUUUAUGCUUAACUUUUUCUGGCCAGAAUCAGGCAUCUGUUACGCGUUUAGUUUAAAACACGGUUGCGUCCAUGCUCACUUUUGUAGAA